ACAAAAUAUAUAUUAAAUUUCAAUCGAUUGUGAAAAAAUUUAUUUUUAAAACAUAUUUUAUGAAUAUUGAUAAUUUUACUUAAAACAUACAUAAAUUCUAUUAAAAGUGGUUCAAUGGACGAUGAUAAAAGACAAGACUUAAAUUUAAAUGAAAUUUGGAAAGCAUGUCGCAAAAUUCAAGAUGCUAUCUUUCGGUAUGGUUUCAAUAUAUGCGACGACUUUUGUAUCCAUGAUCCUGCAGGAAAAGGUUUAAUAUCGGAAUCUCUUUUUAGCGGUAUAUUGGGAAAAUAUAAAAACAUAAUCGGUUUAUCCGAUUUUGAAUUGCGUGAAGUAUCGGACUAUUUUCGUUUACGUGAUGGACGUGUGGUUUAUAAGGAAUUUUGUAAAGUUGUUUGUGGAGAAAAUGAUGACAAGAAACUGGAGAAAGGUUUGGCCACAGGCCUAGAAUGGAAUGAUAAUUUACAUGUUAAUGUUAUAGACCGUCCAGAAGAGCGUCGUCAACUGUGUUUAAUUUUAAUUAAAAUUGCUCAAAUUUUAAAUUUACCAUUAAUGCCAUAUUUUCAAGAUUAUGAAUUGAUCUCUCAAAAUGAGGGCACUGUUACUGUUUCUCAUUUUUCUCGUGUGCUACAUUUUAUGAAAAUUCCCCUCUCCGAUAAUGAUUUUCUAUUGUUAUUAAAACGUUAUAUGAAGGAUUCGUAUAUGGUCAAUUAUGUGGCUUUUGUUAAACAUUUACAAAAUAUUUUAAACUAUUUAAAGGAAAACAAAUUAACCGAUAAUGCCAUGCAAAUCGUUAGUAAUUUUCCCGGAAAAUUAAUAGACUUAGAACUACCAAAAUUGCCAGCCAUAGAUGGAACCAGUAUGGCUCAAGGAAUUUUUAAGGAUAUUUGUAAUCAUACAAUUGAAAAUAAAAAUAUUUGUGACAUAAUUUUCUGUCUACAAAAGCAAGUGCAUGCAAAACGUAUACGAAUACAUGAAUUCCUUGAGGGAUUUGAUCUCUUACACACUGGUACCGUAACAGUAAAUCAAUUUGAACGAGCUUUAUACAAUAUGGGUGUGGGCAAGUAUUUGACCCAACGAGAAUUUCGUAUGUUGUGUGAACGUUAUUUGGAUCCGGUAGAUGUAAAUCGCAUAAUGUGGCGUAGAUUUGAAGAUGAAAUGGAUAGAGUAUUCACUGUAAAGUAUUUGGAAAAGACACCAUUACUAAAAGUGGAAUCACCUCCUUCAUAUAUACAAGAUAUGCCUCGGUCUGGUUCUUUAAAUUGGCAACAGGCUACUACCACAGCGCGGGAGUUUUGUGAGGAAGCAUUGCGAAAAAUUCAAAUUCGUAUACGAAAUAGACGUUUAUAUAUGCAUCCAUUCUUUAGAAGUUACGAUAAACUUAAUUGCGGUCAUGUGAGCUGCAAGAUUGCCAAUCAAAUCUUUGUUACAAACGGUAUACUAUUGUCGAAUGACGAAUUGAAUGCCCUAAUCGAUCGUUAUGGCAAUGAAUUGGGUUUUAAUUAUACCAAAUUUCUGGAAGAUGCUGAUCCGGCAGAAUAUGCUGUACCGAAAUUAUCAGCAGUUAAUACAAUACACGCCGACUGUGCCACACUCAAUGACAGUCGUCCUAAAGUCGAUGCAGAGAGUGAAGAAUAUAUCAUAAAACUUUUGACCAAAGCUAAACGUCAAGCAGUGACAAAAAGUAUACAAGUCAUAGAUUUCCUGCAGGACUACGAUCGCCACAGAGAGGGAGAAAUACUGGAAGUAGAUUUUCGUAGGGGUAUUGACAAUGCCAAUAUAAAGUUGUCGGUUGAGGAAAUGGAUACGUUGUGUAAUAUUUUUCGUUCUCCCAAACGUGCCUGUUGUGUUCUAUAUCGUGAUUUUUGCCGUUCUUUAGACGAAAUCUUUAUACAGUUAGAAACUCAAACCGGUGAUAAUGAAGUCACCGCCAUUCCCCUUCUACACUUGGCCAAUUUAGAUUGUGUAGAGUGUUUCUUGAAUUUUGAAGAACGUACCAUUUGCUCGCAGGCCCUUAUGAAAUUAGCUCGCCAACCAGAUGAGAUUUCAAAUUUAAGUUCCGUUUUCAAAGAUUUCGAUCGUGAAAAUUGUGGCACUAUACAUAAGAAUCAGUUGAUGCGUGCUUUAACGGUGCGUGAUAUGCAUCAUAUGAUUAGUAGUCGUGAAUUUGAGGUGAUAUUUAAAUGUUUUGGUGUACAACGUGGCAUACAUUUGGAGUUUAAUUAUCGACAAUUUUUAAAUAUAUUAAAUGUACUCUUUCAGACUGGACAAAUGAAACGAAAUUAUUAGUGAUGAAUAAAUAAUUUGGUAAUUUUGUAAUUAUGUUUAGUCAAUUACCUAAUCUGCAUUAUAUUUAGAAUAGACCAUUAUAAAUCAAUUUGAUUAUUAAUAUCAUAUUAAUAAUCACCCCUAUUCU